AUGAUUGAUACCAACACGCUGGUUUCUGCAUCUGCUGCAGUGGUCGUUGGCUACGCCUUACUGGUUUCUACUGGUAUCGUCCGACCUCGCUCGGCUCGAACGAAACGCAUUGUUGCUGGCAACUCAAAGCUGAACGAGUUCAUUGUGGAAGCUCUGCAGCCCAUGUUGGACAGCUACACUCCCACGUGGUGGACCAAUUCACACAUUCAGUGUUUGCUGACCUUCAUCAUACCUCAAUCCGCCAUCACGUAUCAGAGACACGUGCUUUGUCUCAACGACGGAGGCCAGGCCUCUCUCGACUGGGCAAUGGAAUCUUCAGUCAACAUGAGAUCUCCAUUGAAACUGGACUCGCCCAUUGCUCUUAUCAUGCACGGACUUGUGGGUUGCAGUGAGAGCAUGCGGUCACUCUGCGCCGAAGCUCUACUGCAUGGGUAUCGCCCCGUGGUGUUUAACAAAAGAGGCCACGGAGGGUUGAAACUUGCUACUCCAAAGUUGCAACAGUUUGGCUGCGUACAGGACCUGAAGGAAGCUAUUGCUCACAUUGAGAGCAGCUUUCCGGACAGCGAGCUGUACGGCAUUGGCUAUUCGGCUGGAGCUGGUUUACUCUGCAGUUACUUGUGUGAACUAGGCCUCGAGUCGCGCCUUCGUGCUGGCGUACUGGUCUCGCCAGGUUACAAUGCCUUUGACCUCUUUUGCGGUGGCAAGAUCAAUCCGUUCUACAACUUCCUCAUGACUUUCACGCUCAAGUCAUUUCUACUGCGUCACAAGAACGAGCUGAAGGACGUUGUCGACGUCGCGGGGGCUCUACGAGCUACGAGUAUUCUUGAAUUCGAUCAACACGUGUACAUGAAGAUGCACGGGUUCGACAGCUUGGAGUCGUACUGGAAAGUGAACAACCCCAUGCGCGACGUGGACAACCUUCAGAUGCCACUGCUCUGCAUCAACGCACUAGACGACCCUGUGUGCACGAAGGAGACCAUUCCCUACGACUUGUUUCUCAAGAAGCCCAAGGCCAUGCUGUUGACCACGGCAGAGGGCAGUCAUUGCGCUUUCUUCGAAGGUACCUUCCAGCUCAGGGCGUGGUGUCAUACAACCGCGAUGGUGUACCUCGACCGUCUGCGUGAGUUCGACGGCAUUUCAGCGUCUGGCGUGGACGUUCAUACUGCUGCCCCUACAGCUUGA